AUGUAAAACACUUAGUAGUGAACCUAGUACUUAUCUGAGAGGAGGAAGUAAAUGUUAGCUACUAUUAUUAUGUUUAUGUGUCAUCCGUGAGCAAAGAGUUGGGGACCAAAAGAAGUGUUUUAUUGGCCUCUGAUUUGGCAAUUCUUUCUAGGGGUUUUUUUUCCAACCAAGAUUAUUGUUUAAGAAAGAGCUUCCUUAUUUCCUUUCCUUAACUUUCAUCUCUAUAUAAGUGCUCCCUUAAGAAUUACUAUUCUUCUCCUCUCAGGAAUCUCUCCAUUUGCUAAACUACAUUCCUUCUUCCUUCCUCUUUUUCAGUGAAUUGAUUGCCCCUCUUUGCCAAUGGACAACUUAGCAUUUGAAAUGCAUGAAGAUGCAAAACAGAACGUUGUGUCUAUGGGGAAGGCAACCACCAUCUCCAGACUGGAAAAGAAGAGGCAGUGGUCACUGAUGAGCAUUUUCCUUGUGUGUCUUUUGGCCUGUACCAUUACCACAGCAGUUGGAGUGCUGAUUCUCUCCUUGGUUUAUGUUAACAACUCUCAGCCCCAUUCAAAUGUUCAUUUACAACCCGAAACCCAGCCUCUGCAAACGGCAACAAUUCCCAUCAUGCAAAAGGCUAUUGAUCCAAAAUUCCAGUUUCUCAAUCAUUUACCUAAAUCCAAGGUGUUUGAGUUCCCUGGAGGUGCAAUCCAGUGGGCUCGGUACAGGAACAACGUCAAAGACUAUCUCAGCAUUGAAGAAGAGGCCUUUGGCAGUAGCUUGAACAGUCAGAGAUCACAGAUGACUCUGGGGACCCUGAGAAUAAAAAGUAGUGGCCUACGGGUCCCUCACUGGCACUUCAAUGCUAAUGAACAUGGCUAUCUUGUACAGGGCACAGCUUGGAUUGGGGUGAUUGACAGUGGUGCUGUAGUUACCACGUACAACAUUACAGCUGGCCAAGUGAUCUUCUUCCCUAAAAACACAGUACACUGGAUAAAGAAUGUGGGGAAUGAAGACUGCUUUUUCCUGCUCUUCUUUUCCACACAUGAUGAACUUCAGACUCUGGAUGUUGAUGAUGUAUUUUUUUCUACACCUGAGGACAUUGCUUCCAGGUCACUUAAGCCUGAAGGUGGAAUUAAUUUCAUUAGAACAUUCCAUAAGCAAAAAGAAGAUCAGGGCGUCAACCUUCCUCCCAACUUGGCAGAACUAGUUGUCAAUGCUAGUUACAUACAGUCUCCUGAUAGCCGUGUGUGGAGAUACUUUUAUGACCUGAAAGGUUCAAAAGAAUAUCUGUUCCCAGGAGGAAUAAUACAACUGGCACAGUGUUGGAAAAAUAGAAGUGAACUAAGCAACAAUGAAAAAAUAUUUAGUGAAUUCUUGAAUCAGCAUGAAAAUGCCCUCACUUUGAGUACACUCAGGAUUUAUAACAAUGGAUUACGACAGCCACAUUUUCAUUUUAAUGCAAACGAAAUGGGAUAUGUAAUAAGUGGAUGUGCAGAGGUGGCCAUUAUCAAUGCUCAGAGUACCAUAGAGUUUAACAUUCACAUUGGAGAUGUGAUAUUUUUCCCCAUUGGAACACAGCAUUACAUUAAGAGCACAUGUGAUGAGGAUUUGCUUCUUGUUCUUGCUUUCAGCACUGGAGACCAGUUGCAAACCCUUGACAUGGACGAUUAUCUUCAGGCCACAGCAGACCACAUCCUAGCCCAGCUUUUCUUCAAGAAACAAAGUGAGUUCAAGAAGAUCCCCAAAUUCAAGGAGGACCAGGCAAUCAACCUGCCUUAGAUUUGCUGAUGAGUUCAUAUCUGUUCUUCCCUCUGCAUUUGUUAUUAUUGUUUUUAAAGAAAGACCACUUGGCUAAUGAACUUGGAGCUCUUUACAGAGUGAUAUUGGGAAAGCAGGUGUGAGGCAGCCCUAUGGACUCAUUUAGCUGAUAAGAUUAUAGGCAAUUCAUGUUAAAGGUACAUUUCAGUGUACUCUGUGCACGUUAGAUCUCUGAAGGAGAUCUGAUAAAUUAAUAUAUUUUUGUAUGGAUUUUAGUAUACAUUAUAUAUUUGUUUAUUUUCAUUUUGUUAUUUAAAAUUUAUUAUUCCAAGUGAAAAUCCAUUCUUUUUAUGCCCAUCAGUGAAACUUAGUGCUAUGCAUGUGUUUUUGUUAUUCAUCACUGUGAAAGGAAGUAGGGAAAUUAGCCUACGUGUUUAUGUACAUAUUAAGGCACUAGAACCCAGAUACACCUAACCUUAUCUGGAGAGUUUAGUGUAGAACCUUAGGUUAGCCAUUCUCAACCCUUUUGUUGACAUGAAGAUACUUUUCAUAAUGCCAAAAUUUUCAAGGACUCACUUGCAUGAGUAGUUGUAUACUUAUUGUAUAUUAGCAGAGAAAACACUUAAUGACAAAUUGUCAACUGAAUAGCUUCUAAGAAUGUAUUUGGAUUUUAUUAAUCACACUGCCAACUAUUUACAUUUGAGGAACAGUCAUCCCUAUACUUGAGAAGCAUAUGCUUUAUAUAGUAUGUUGGCUGGCUAUGUAUAUGGAUUUGAGGACUACCUGCUAUCACCUGGAAACUGGUAGGAGCUAGUGGUCUCUAAGUGUGUAUAUGUGUGUGGGGGGGGGGGGUCCUUGUUUUAAGCAGAAAAGACUUUGCUCAGAUCUAAUCUGUGCUUGAUUUUCGUUUACAAUGUAUUUUAAUAGGUAUUUGGUAUCUCUGUAUUUAUACACAGUCUACCAUCUGUUUUGGGCUACCCUCUAUAAAACUCUGGUCAGUAUAGAUACUUUUUAAUGCCUUCAACUACCACUCUCUUUCAAUUGUAUUUCCCUGACACCUAAUGAAAUUUUAAGAUAUCUUAGGAUGUUUGUUCUUAGCCUAAAAAGAAUCUGUUUCUUUCUUUCUGUGAGUGUGUAUGUGUAUGUUUCUCUCUCUUACUAAAUGGCUAGCUCUAUUGACUGCAUACAUAGGAGACAAUGAGAAUCAAGAAUGACUCACUGUUAGCACGGGGAGGUAGCCAUCUAUAUAAUGCACAUAAUCAGAUCAUGAAAGACCUGUCAUCCCUGGGAACCACUUUAGUGUGUAUUUACCUUAUUGACAUUUUCCCAGAGAGCCAGCUAUGAUCUGAGCUGGCUAGCAAAGGGAAUUUUGUAGUGGUAGUGGUGGUGGUAUUGUUUUGAAGGAUUUUGUAGGGAAUGGGUCACUAUCCAGGAGAAGGAACAUGGUUGAGAAGAUGCAGAGAAUAGCACAGGACAGUAGGUAUAUGGAAGGUGAAUGUCCAAAUAGAGGGGAAGUAGUCAUAAGAGGAAAUUACAAUGUGUGUAGACAGAUUUCUCUACCAAUUUUCUUUUACUUUGGGAUUUUAAAAAAUAUUUCCAUAAACUGAUUCAUAAUCCAUAUUUUUUUGUAUCAGGAAGUGUUGUAUCAGAUUACUGUGUGGUCAUUUAAUAAAUAUUUUGUGCAUCUUAGCAUGUUAUUUUGUCAUUGUAAUUUUAAAUGAAAUCUGUUCUUGUGGUUUUAUGUAUCCGAAGCAUUAUUAUAUUCUCUCUAUGCAUCCUUGAAAUAUGAUACAUCAUUACCUAAAGGAAAUAUGUUAUAGCGCUAGAUAACUUUCUGGGUUUCCUGAUAAUAAUGUACUUGAAGCUUGACUUAGGUUUCCAGUCUACUACAUAUUAGAAAAGAAAAAUGUUAAAAAUAAAAACAAUCUAAUGAAGACAUUUCAACUGGAAUUGUUGCCAUGUUAUUUUA